AAUACGCUAGCUAGAUCUCGCAGGUCGCCCGGCUCACGAAACAGGAACUACUCGACUUCUGUAUUUCCUGGUGGGAACUGCACGAAAAGUUUCUGAAAUCAUGGCUACUGCUAAGUUUGACGACAUACUAAUGGGAAUACUGCAGCACUGCGAACAAGUAGAACCUUUUCUUGAUGCAAUUUUUAGCUUUUUAGCUCGCAGAACGGACUUCUUUCAGGUGAUGCACGAUCGAAGUGACAAGAUGGGAUUCCCUCCAGGUGUCGCCGAGAAAAUUGUUUUGAAGAUCUUUAAAGCCUACCAACAAAUGGUUACAGGUAGUACACCAAAAGCACACAAUCAAGGACAGGAAAAAAAUUCAGAAAAAAGCAGUUCGAAAGCCAGAGAUGAGAUGCCUUCAGUUUGUACUUCAACCAAUGAAACUACCAGUGAUAAUGCUGGUCCAUCAGUUGUCAUGCCUGUAGACCCAUCAGGUGUACCUCCAGUGGUCACUUCACUUGAAGUAGAAACAUCAGCCUGUACUGACCAGGUGGAAGCCACUUGCAGUGCAAGUACAAGCUCAGCAUCAAGUCCUUCUCUUGCCAGUUCCUCUCAACCAAAGGAAGAUAUCAAAACCAGUGAGAGCAAAGGGCUUAUUCCUGGCAAGUCAGCUGAUUGUUACAAUGGAGCUGUUCUUGAUAGAUAUUCUUGGUCACAAACCAUAAAAGAUAUUGAAGUAAAAAUUCCAGUGCCAAGUUCAGUAAUAAAGGGUCGUGAUGUUGGUGUGGAAAUUAAGAGUUCCCAUUUGAAAGUUUGGUUAAAAAGAGGUGCCUCUUCUGAGUCAGGGGACAAUGUUCUUAUUGAUGGAAAACUUCAGUGGUCAGUAAAAUGUGAAGAUUCCAUGUGGUUACUUGAAGGUGGUAAGCAUAUCAUUGUUAAUUUGGACAAAACAGAGGAAAGGUUUUGGACAGCUGUUCUUGAAGGAGAUGCAGAAAUAGACAAGACCAAGGUUGAUACAACUCGAGACAUCAGUGAUUUUGAUGAACAAACACAGAGUGAUUUUCAGCAUGUAAUGUACGACCACCAUCAAAAGCUGCAGGGAAAACCAACCAGUCAGGAAAUGAAAACUCAUGAGCUUCUGAAGCAAGCAUGGAAUGCCAAGGGAUCACCUUUUGCUGGCACAGAGUUUGAUCCAUCAAAAGUCAAUAUAUCACCAAGCUAUGGGUGAAUGCUGUUUGUUACUCUAAUGUGUAAUGUUCCAGUCAUUGUUAUGGUAAGUUAAAUGCUUGUGUUAAAGAAUAAAAAGAGGACAAGCUACUCUACAUGUAGUUUUGUAGAUUUUUGAGAACUGCGUGUAUAUCCAAGCAGACAAAUAUAAAUGGAACUACAUACUAAGCUUUAAAACGUUGCCUGUCAAUUUGCAAGACUUGGUUUUGUAUCUCAGUUGUGUGUUUGUCGUAGAAAAUUUCGGAAAUUUUACCAGUUAUGUCAGUACCUCAGAGAUUGGAUUAAGCUGGAAAACCAUUUAAAUUGGAGACAGUUUGCCUACUGUUGUACGUUAUAUUUAUUAACAGAAACAAACUUCGCCCAUUAAAUUUAAAAGUCAAACAAAAAAAAAACUCGCGUAUUUGCCUGGUUUGUUGUUUUUGUUGAGUUAGUCGGUAAUUGGACGGAGACCGUCAAUGCACACGCUUGCAAUUCUGUGCUUUUAUUUGAAGGUGCAAAAUUGGUUAGAUAAUAAAUUUUUCAUUAAAUUGCUGUG